AGCAUCACGACGUCGCCCCUGCGACCACACGCACAAACUAUUACUCCUCCAGCCUGGAUUGCUGGGACGAACACGCUAGCUGCUCCCGCGCACCGGGGUGCGCGGCCGCGAGCUCCCCGCCCUGGUUACCCUGCGCCCCUGCGCGCGCUCGCGGCCGCGGAGCGGGACAAACGCAGCGAGCUCGGCAGAGUGGCCGCGAGCGAGUGAGGAGAGGCCUUUCUCGGGUUGAGAGGCCACAAACUCGGCCACGGGCCAAUCGGAAUCGCCGAGGGGGCUCGCCUCUUUCUUUAAGCGCCCUCCGGCGGUGGAGGCCGAAUCACCGCUAGCCACUUUGGCAUCCGCCGGCGUCCGACGCCACCACCUCCCCGCCUGCAUAAAUACCCCCUCCUCCCCGCCCGUUCCCACCUCCCCCCGCUGCUCUCCGGAUCGCCGCUCACGGCCGCCGCCCAAGGACCCGCCGCCUUCCGUCUCGUCUCCCCGCGACAGGGAAAGGCGCAAUCUUGGUCGGCCCGGCUGAUCGGCGGCCAGCGCUCGGUUACUUAGGCGGGGUGGGAGACUGAUGACGGAGUCGUGGAUGGACGUGCUUCCGCCGGCGCCGGCGCCGCCCUACUUCGCGGGGCAGGCGGCCGGGCGCUUCCUGCCGGACCGGCGGGCCCCCGGCCCCGGGGCGUGGACGCUGGAGGAGAACAAGCUGUUCGAGCGCGCGCUGGCGCGGGUGGACUGGGACGCGCCCGACCGGUGGGAGCGCGUCGCCGCGCUGCUGCCGGGGCGGAUGGUGUCCGACGUCGUGGCGCACUACGACGACCUCGAGAACGACGUCUGCUUCAUCGAGGCCGGGCUCGUGCCCUUCCCCCACUACGGCGGCGGCGGCGGCGCGGCGCAGUCCGCCGCCGGGUUCACCUUCGACUGGGACGGCGGCGACGACGCCGCCGCCGCUCUGGGCUUCAAGCGCUCCUGCUACAUGGCCGGCGGCAAGCGCGGGCGCGGCCCGGACCAGGAGCGCAAGAAGGGCGUGCCCUGGACGGAGGAGGAGCACAAGCUGUUCCUGAUGGGCCUGAAGAAGUACGGGCGCGGGGACUGGAGGAACAUCUCGCGCAACUUCGUGACGAGCCGGACGCCGACGCAGGUCGCCAGCCACGCGCAGAAGUACUUCAUCCGCCUCAACUCCGGCGGCAAGGACAAGCGCCGCUCCAGCAUCCACGACAUCACCACCGUCAACCUCCCCGACGACGACGGCGGCUGCGGCGGCAACCCCUCGCCAUCGCCGCCCUCCGUGCUCACCGCCGCCUCCACCCCCUCGUCCACCGGCGGCCCCGUCAUCUCCGAGCAGUUCGGCGUCCUCGUCGACAGCAAGCCCGCGCCGACGCACCACUUCAUGCCGCACCCCUACGGCAGCGUGAAGCUCGAGCCCGGCAACCCCCGCCACGGCGGCUUCCUGGACGACUCUGUGCUGAUGCAGAUGCAAUGCGGCCAGCUGCAGCCUCUCGGCUGACCGACUGGUUCUCGAGCAGCAACCAGGGCAGAAAGAGGAAACAGAGCUCUCAUCUCUGGCCACGCACGAGGAGGGGAUCACCCCGUUGCGCGCGUCUGUUGUUGAUUCCCAACAGGCAAGCAGCAUCCGGGUACAGCACGUUGGAUCAUACAGCUACGAGCUCAGCACAACUCACAGCCGA